GUCGAUAGGGGCGCAACUUUAGCAAACGCUCCUAUGGGUUGUAUUUCAGGGAAGUGACAAAUGACCUAUAUGGUCGUAUUGGUUGGAGAACAUGUUGGUAGUUAUAUAAGGCUUUCAUUGGCAGAUUAGAUUUAUGUAUUUCCCCGGCCUCGAAAUCAGGCACAUAAAUGUCAGGAAACACGAUUCCUGGCUGCAUGUCAGUAUCCAUGGGUUAGGUUUCUUUGACAUGUUAUAACUUUCAAGCCCAAGGUUUAGUGUAAUCGUUUGUUUUACUGAUGUUUUCGCAGUUAUCCCCAUUUAAUCCAGUCAUGCAGCAGGUUCUUUUGCCACUAAGUCCAGCUGAGGGAGUGUGUUCCGGCAGGAAAGUGGCGUCAAUGCAUACCCUCUAUUACAGCAUGUUUGGAACUUGAGCAUUGUUUGUUUUUAAAUUUGGUCAUGGUAAAACCAAAGCGGAACUAUGUCUAAAAAUAUUUGCAUAGUAAUUGUAUGUGAAAACAAAAAAAAAUAUUCACUUCUGUUUUCCUUGAAUUACAGAUUGUGCUGCUCUAGCUCUCAAGAUGAAUGUCGUUCUGUUCAUGAAUUUUCUGUUCAUAACGAAUGAACUUGUGCUGGUAUCUUCAGAACUUGUAUAUGCAGAAUUGCCCAGCAGAAUAAAGGCACUGAGUGGCUCUUGUGUGCAGAUACCUUGCAGAUUUAAUGGGACAGUGAUCAAUUUGAUGAACACAGACACUGUAUUUGGCUUCUGGAUGAAGAAGUACCAAUCUUUUCUCAAUCCAGGGAGUUUGGUAGUUUUUAAUGGAAGUUCAAACAUAAUCACAGGAUUCAGUCAUAUAGAGAUACUUGGAAAUCUUAGUCAGCAUGAAUGUACCACUGUUUUCUAUGAUGUGAUGAAGAAUCAUUCAGACAACUACUACUUCAGGGUGGAAACAAAUACGGGUCAGAAAUACACAUAUCAGAAUCCCAUCUACAUUUCUGUCUCGGAUUCACCACAACCUCUCAUCCUUAAACCCACUGAUCUGAAAGAAGUGAUGGAGGAAACAACAGUCAAUCUGAACUGCUCUGCUCAAGCCCCCUGCCCCAAACAACCUCCUACAAUAUCCUGGUCCAACAUCCCUGAAUCUGCCCACAUUACAACACAGUUACAGGAGAAACCUGAUAAAACGGUGUUUUCACACAUGACCUUCAAAGCUUCAUACAUGGACCACAGAAGGAACAUCUCCUGCACUGCUACAUAUCCAAGAAAAACAUCUAAUGACUCAACUGUGGAGACCACCGUGAUGCUACGAGUCCUGUUUCCUCCAAAAGAAACUCACAUCACCAUCGAUUCAUCUGCUUCAGUCUCUGUUGGCACUAAUGUGACUUUGACCUGCAAAAGCAAAGCCAGUCCAUCAAAUAACAUGAACUACACCUGGUACAAACGUGGAAAGGAUUAAAGAAUUAGCUGGAUUUUGGAGAACAACUGACCUUUACUGUAAAUAGGAAGAGUGGAAGCUGGUACUUCUGCACAGCAAAGAAUGAACAUGGUAAUCAGAAGUCAGAAGAAAUCCAGCUUAUUGUGGCAGUAGAAUUAUUGGUGCCUUUGAUCGCAGGCUGUGUAGGAGGAAUUUCAGCUUUACUCUUGUUAUUUCUUCUGGCAACACUUUUAAAAAGGGUGCAAAAGGCAAAAGCAUCCAGUGAAUCCAUUGUUAGAGAAACUGAUCAGGGUCGUGUACAGAUCGAUUGCAUUUAUGAAAAUGAUUUCAUGAAAAGAAAGUAAUAAUGAAAGAGGCUGUAACGAGAAUCACAUGAUCCAUAUGAAGCGAUUGACUUUUCCACCAACUGCACCAUUUGAAAUGCCAAAGACUGUCAACUAUUACUCUACAUCAGAAUUAUAUGAUUUAACAGAAAAUGUCAUCUGCUUGGAUAAUAUAGAUGUGUUGUAAACAAUAUAACAACUGUGUCUUUUGUCUCUGGUUAGAAAACAAGUAACACUUUACAGUAAGGUCCCAUUAGUUAAGAUUAGUUAACUAACAAUGAUCAAGAUAGGUGCAUUGUUAAAUGCCCGGGUUUCAUAGUUGUGUAUGUUGUGAUGUUUUAUAUUAAUUGUGUGUUUGUGAUGUUGAAUGUUGCAUAAAUUGCUCUGUGAAGGGACAAAUAAAGA